AAUAUAUGUUUCUGACUCCUUUGUGCCUCCAGCAGAGUUUGAAAUCAAUUAAUUAAAUGAGCUGAUGUUUUUAUGUUGGUCACCAAAGGACUAGAAAACAGGAGAUAGUAGCAGAGAAAAAAAGGGUUGCAAAAAAAAAAGAAAAAAUGCAGUGGUCACUGGAAAUUGCCCACCCCACUCUCAUCCACUGGCAGGGCUGGGGGAUCAAACCUAGAAUCUUGUAUAUACUACCUCUGAGCUCCAUCCCCAGUCCAGAGAUGACACUUGAGAGCUGCUUUAUGUGGUGCUAUGUAUACCAUGGAUACACAACUCUUACAUCAUAGAAUGAAAAGGCCUUGGAACAGGUUAAGGCCUUGAAGAUGUUAUUUACUCCUCCCAAAUGCUGCCAUCGCCAACUUAGGACAAUCUAUCAUAGAGAGUCGACCGGCACAAAGUCUGUUAGGGAAUUUAUCACUAUUUUAUAUCGACAAGAAAACAAGGGUUGUCAAGGAAAUGUCCACAUUAAAAGAACAGCCAGGGCCAGUGAGAUGGCUCCACUGAAAAAGCGCUUGGUACAUACAUAAGCUUAGUAACCAGAGUUUGAUCCCCAAAACCCAUGAACAUGUUGAAGACUCUACAAAGUUGUCCUCUCGUCUCAACAUACAUCUAAUGGCACUCGCACCCUCACAUACAUCAUGCCCACACACUAAUGAUACAUUAAACAAUCAGAUCAGAGUGGUACAACCUAAGUGCUGCAGUUGGUGGCACAGUGGCCAGGACCUUCACUCUGGAGCUAGAAUCCUGGCAGUUUGUAUACAGAUACCUUUGGUAAAAUGGAUCGGAGAGCAAAUAUUUACCUCGGAACUCAUUACCAAGUGAAUUAAUGUGAGAGAGUACUUCGCACUGGAGUGCAAAGUGUUUAUUAUUGUUGAGCACAGGAAGGGACGGCCACUGGGAGCUUGGUCUCCGCCCCACCUCUGACUCUCGCGGAUCGUGCUUGGGUUUUCUGAGACGCCACGGUAGACAGAUCCGCCCAAAGACGGGCAGAAGGCAUUAGCGCCAUGCGCUUGCGCGAAAUACCAACAGGCAAAAAGGCAGCCACUACACACCAGAAAAGCGCACCUAGGACAGCCUAACGCCUACCAGUGGCCUGCUGCCUACCACUCCAGGCACCACCUCCCAGUGCCUCGCACUGUCUCUCAGUAGAUGGCCAAUAAACAGAGAGCAGGAAGAGGCGGGUGGCCUAAGGAACUGCUCCAAACACCUACUUCGGACCAGUCCAGUCACAAGACCUGGGGAGGGCGGGGCUAACCUGACAACCCAAUCCCACAUUUGAAGGCUGUUACGUCCGGCACUCCGGCGACUUUGACUCCGCCCUUUGCAUUGACGUUUACUUGCCAACCUAUAAACGACUGAGCCUCGGAGGGAGGGGGAAGGAGGCGGAGAGAGGAAGGAGGCGUUGGCUGAGGAGGAAGAGGGAGGAGGGGCAGGGAAGUUCUGGUGGAGAAGAGCCGUAGACGCCGAAGAAGACAACAGGAGGAUACGGCGGAGUUCCUCACUGUCCAGUGGCCUUUCCGGAUCCUUCUAGCUACAAGCCGGUUAGGAACGGAGGAAAGGAGGAAGAGUCUUUUAUGUCGGAGGACAGAGAGAGAAGCUCUAUCCGUCACCGUUGCCUCACAUCCGGGACUUUGGACGGCAGGCUCCGCCCCCUUGCACCUUUCAAGGCUACGGGAGGCGGAGACCUCGUUAAAUCUCCUUAAAGGGGUGGGUACCGAACUCGGCCGACUCCAACGCCAGUCUUAAAGGGGACAGCAGAAGCUGACAAACAACUCCUGCUGGAAGAAUUGGGGCAAGUGGAGUUUUCCUACCUCCUGCCCCACGCAAGAAGUUCAUUAAAUUCAUCUUAAAGGGGAAGUGACAGCCUGUGAAGGGCUAGAAACUUAGCUACGCUCUCUAAAAAGGGACGACUCGCUGUUUGAAGGCCUCUGGACUCUUUAAAGGGGUGGCCUCUUUCAGCCGGAGGACUUGAGACACUUUUAAAGGGGAAGUCGUGCUUUCCGCCCCUUUUAAAGGGGUGGUCCUUCCUCUUCCUCUGGGAGACUUGCCUCGACCCCUGGCACGGGGCCGCCACCGCACUAGACCAGCCGGACACGGUGGAGUCGUCUUAAAGGGGCCGGGGGCUGGACAAUUUGAGGCCUCGCCUUAAAGGGACGGCCGCCCAGUUUUAGUCGUCGCGGCCCCGCCAGCCCUACAGGGGGGGCCUUCAGGCUUGUCGCCCCGGGGGCGGCGCCGGCUCUCUGGGCCUUGGCCUUGGGGCAAGCCAGAGGCCAGCGGAUCCUGUUUUAAAGAGGAAGCCGGAGCUCUCCCGUCCCUGUGCAAGCGCCAGCGCCGCGCUCGCGACCCGGGGCCUGUGGACAGGCCGCUUCGGGCCCCGCCGCCUCCGGAUGCGGCGCUGAGGGCCGUCACCAUGGAGACGGCCGCGGCCCCAGGCCCGGGCUGGGCAGCUGAAGGGGAGCGGCGACGGAGACGCUGCUCGCGGCGAGACCGUGAUCGGGAGCAGCGGCGCCGCCGAGGUCCAGGCGGUGACGCGCCCCGGGCCUUGUUGGCCGCCCCGCGAGGCUCUUCAUCCUCCUCGUCACCGCCGCCGCCCGCCCGUCCCUGGUCGUCAGCUUCAUCUGGAGAGCGGCCUGGGGGCCUACGACGGCGGCGGCCCCGACCCAGGCCUCGACCCCCGAGACCGCGAGCUCGGAAGCGGCCUGCCGGUUCGGGCAGCCGCGGAGAGGAAGAGGACGAGGAGGAAGAGGGGGGCGCAGACGACGGAGAAGCCGAGGAGGAGCCUGAGGAGGAGGAAGAGGAGGAAGACCUGAUCGAUGGUUUUGCCAUCGCUAGCUUUGCCAGCCUUGAGGCCUUGCAGAAGGAUGCAUCUCUUCAGCCCCCAGAACGACUGGAACAUCGGCUGAAGCAUUCUGGGAAACGGAAGAGGGGGGGCUCCAGUGGGGCCACUGGGGAACCAGGGGACAGCUCAGACCGUGAGCCUGGCCGACCCUCUGGGGAUAGGCCCCGUAAAUGGCCCAAUAAGCGAAGAAGGAAAGAGGCCUUCUCCCGUCACUCUCUGGAAGCUGGAUAUAUAUGUGACGCAGAAAGUGAUCUGGAUGAGAGGGUCUCAGAUGAUGACCUCGACCCUUCCUUCACUGUCUCGACCAGCAAAGCCUCGGGUCCUCAUGGCACCUUCAAUGGGAACUGUGAAGCAAAACUGUCUGUGGUCCCUAAAGUGUCGGGCCUGGAGCGGAGCCAAGAGCAGCCCCCGGGGCCCGACCCGCUGCUAGUGCCUUUCCCCCCAAAGGAUCCACCACCUCCACCAGCCCCUCGGCCUCCUGUCUCAUCCCCUACACCCUUACCAGCUACCCCCAGUCUGCCACCCCCACCCCAGCACCAGCUGCAGCUUCGGGUCUCACCCUUCGGCCUCCGAAGUUCUCCCUAUGGCAGCAGCCUGGACCUCAGCACUGGCAGCUCUUCACGGCCGCCCCCCAAGGCCCCGGCCCCUCCCGUGGCUCAGCCUCCCCCCUCAUCAUCCUCUUCGUCCUCCUCCUCCUCAUCUGCCUCCUCCUCGUCCGCGCAGCUCACCCACCGGCCCCCGACGCCCUCACUGCCCCUGCCUCUGUCCACCCACAGCUUUCCUCCCCAUGGGUUGCGCCCACCACCACCCCACCACCCUUCCUUGGUCUCCCCUGGCCCCACCCUGCCCCCACCCCCACCUCUGCUGCAGGUGCCAGGGCACCCUGGGGCCUCAGCUGCUAACGCCCUUUCUGAGCAGGACCUGAUCGGCCAGGACCUGAACUCACGCUACCUGAAUGCCCAGGGUGGCCCUGAGGUGGUGGGAGCAGGGGGCUCGGCCCGGCCCCUGGCCUUCCAGUUCCACCAGCACAACCACCAGCACCAGCACACCCACCAGCACACCCACCAGCACUUCACUCCCUACCCCCCGGGCCUGCUGCCUCCCCACGGCCACAUGCCGUACAUGGCCUUCCCUCCCGCUGUGCCCGGGCUCCCUCCGGGUCUCCCACCAGCUGUCUCCUUUGGCUCCCUGCAGGGGGCCUUCCAGCCCAAGAACACGAACCCUGAGCUGCCACCACGACUGGGGCCAGUGCUGAGCGGGCUACCCCAGAAGGGGACACAGAUCCCUGAUCAUUUCCGGCCACCUUUGAGGAAACCAGGAAAAUGGUGUGCCAUGCACGUUCGUGUGGCUUACAUGAUCCUGAGACACCAGGAAAAGAUGAAGGGUGACUCCCACAAGCUUGACUUUCGGAACGACCUCCUACCCUGCCUUCCGGGGCCCUAUGGGGCCCUGCCCCCUGGGCAGGAGCUCUCCCACCCGGCCUCUCUCUUCACUGCGACUGGAGCCGUCCAUGCUGCAGCCAAUCCUUUCACAACAGCUCCUGGGGCCCAUGGACCCUUCUUGAGCCCCAGUACCCACAUUGAUCCCUUUGGGCGUCCCACAAGCUUUGCCUCCUUGGCUGCUCUCUCCAACGGGGCCUUUGGAGGCCUGGGCAGCCCCACAUUCAACUCCAGCGCCGUCUUUGCCCAGAAAGAAAGCCCAGGAGCCCCACCAGCCUUUGCCUCCCCACCAGACCCAUGGGGCCGCCUGCACCGCAGUCCUCUUGCCUUUCCUGCUUGGGUCCGUCCCCCUGAAACUGCCCGGACACCAGGCUCAGAUAAGGAGCGACCUAUGGAGCGAAGAGAGCCCUCUGUCACCAAGGAGGAGAAGGACAGGGACCUCCCUUUCUCACGGCCUCAGCUUCGAGUUUCUCCUGCUACUCCUAAGGCCAGGGCUGGCGAGGAAGGAGCCCGACCAGCCAAAGAGUCUGUGCGGGUAAAAGAAGAGCGGAAAGAAGAGGCUGCUGCUGCUGCCGCCGCCGCUGCUGCCGCUGCAGCUGCUGCUGCUGCUGCCGCUGCUGCCGCUGCUGCAACCACUGGGCCUCAAGGUCUUCACUUGCUUUUGGAGAGGCCUCGGCCACCCCCAUUUCUUGGCCCUAGCCUGCCAGAGCGCUGUGCAGGCUUCCCAGAGCCAACCUGGUUGGCAGGGCCCCCACGCCUGGCCAGGCCACCACGCUUCUAUGAGGCAGGUGAGGAGUUGACUGGACCAGGGGCCAUGGCUGCUGCCCGCCUCUAUAGUCUAGACCCUGCUCAUCCACUGCUAUACAGCCGUUUGGCUCCUCCACCACCACCUACUGCAACUCCAGGAACCCCUCACCUUCUCAGCAAGACCCCACCAGGAGCCCUUUUAGGAGCACCACCACCUCUUGUGCCCGCCCCCCGGCCCAGUUCCCCACCUAGGGCCCCUGGCCCAGCCCGGGCUGACAGGUGAGGAGAGGUGAGGGGCAGGGGCAAAGCUCCACCCCCUUUCCCCAUACCUUGUGACAAAAGUCCUAGGGCUGAAGUUUUUAAGCCAGGGUUGGAAGGCAAAGGUCACAAUUUCAUGGUCAUCUCUGAAGUCAUGGACCUGGGAAUAGAAUCCCCAGACCCCCCCCCCCCACACACACACACAUACACACACACACACACACACACACACACGCAAGUAUCUCGUGGACUGUGGGGUCACUGGGAGGACAGAGGUCACUAGCCUCUAGAGAGAAGUGUGUGCGUGUGCAUGAGGGGGUUAUUUCAGAGGUUAUGGCUCAUGACUUAAGGUGCACCAAUGCCCCCUCUAAGGGCCUCUAGGCCCUUGGCCUGCCUCCCCAAGGGCUCACUAAGCCAGAGGCCAAAGUGCCCCCCUCCCUUUCGCCUACCACCCAAGUUCUCAUGCCCUCCGAGGGCUGAGGAAGGAGGAACUAAAGGAAUAGGGGUUUCAUGUACAUAUUUAUCACCCCUUCCACAAAUCCCCCAGACCUUUUGUACAUUUUUACAGGGGUGCCCCUCCCUAUAAUUCCCUUCCUGGUUAAUUAAAUCCUCAGACUGGUGCUGUGUUCCUAGCCUCUGGCCUCUCUAACCUCUGGUAGGGUGUCCCAGGGAAGAGCCUGGAGAGGACAGGCAGGGACCCAGGGCUUGACCCUGGGUAUGUGGGAUCCAGAAGGAGGUAGACCAACGGGGAAAGGGACCUAGACUAUAAGCUGGAGGGAAGAGCAAUAGGACCUGGCUGUCAGCCCAGGCUUCUCUAGACUUGUUCCUAUUAAUUCUGUGUGGCCCACAGCUCUAAGAAGGCUCAGCCUUUAAGCUUCAGAUUCCACCUUUUAAUGGCUAAGUCCCUACCACCACCCCAUUUCUAAGUGCCCCCCAGGAUUCCUGGGCCCUGUUCCACAGAAACCUGUCCCAAACUAAGGGAGGGAGAGGUGGCCAGAGAAGGCCACCGUGAAACACACACCAAAGAAGGGGGUUGGUUCAGGGGUGGGCAACAUAGGCAGCUUCUUUAGCAGCCUCCCAGCAGCAGCCCCAGGCUUCCCAAAGCAGCAGGCACCUCCAGGCUGGGCCCCAAAUAGAAGGCAGGGCUCAGUUUAACAAAACCAUAACGUUGACUUUUUCCCCAGUGGGGCUUAUUCUGUAACAUGACUUGCGAAUAUUUAUAUAAAAAUGAGUGUUACAAUGAGAUUACCCCCUA